AUGGAAUUAUUAAACAAUUAGGAGAAAGAAUUAUUGAGUAGAUAUAAUAAAUACAUUUCCAAUACAAGGACUCAAGAAACAAUUAAAUAUUCUGACAUCUUCGUUGGAAAACAUGAUAUUGGCGUUGGACAAUUAAGAGAUGAGAUGAAAUUUCAAAAUACCAAAAUGGGCAUUAAAUCUUCAUCAGUCACAAAUAGAGAUGAGUUCAAGAAUAUAAUGUCGGAAAUGAGAAAUAAUUAGAUUUAAAAAAGAGAAAGCGAGAAAAAGAGCAAAAAUAAGAAUAGUUAACACAUUGAAGACAAUUCAAAAUAGAAAUAAUUUGAGUAGAAUCAGAAAUUAGUAAUAAAAGAAUGCGUAGAUAAGCCCGAGAAACAAGUCAGAUAGAAAUCAGCUUUGUCUUAAGAUUAUCCAGAAUUAAAAAAACGAUCAGACAGAAUAAGUAGCAAACAAACUACUAUGGAUAUUUAGAAAUAAUUUAAUGAAAAACUAUUGCAACAACUUGAAAGAUUGAUAUAAAUGAAAAAGAUAGAUAGUAAAUUCUUCUUUUGCUUAAUCAAAAGACAUAUUGAAGAGUGUCCUUAAUUUGGCAAGAGAGUCAAGGAAGAAAUAAAAGAACUAUUAAAUUAAUUGUUAUGA